CUUUUUAUAUGUUUCACAAUCAUUAUAAACACAGACAGCCAACUAAGAAAGAAAAAAACAUGUCUUGAUGCAUUCGUGUGUAUUCACAAUAAGAGACGUUUGUGUGGAUUGAAUCGUAUCACAAGAGAAGUGAGAAGAUUCUUAGAUAUCUGUGACCUUUUAGAAUUUAAUUGUGAAUACAAAACAGAUUUUCGAGAAACAAAUGAACAUAAAUGUAAACACGUGCCUCCGCUAUAAGAAUCUAACCAUUGUCUCACCGUCAACAAUGUAUGUAGCUAUCUAUUUAGUGUUACUUCGUAGAAAGUCUGUAUUUACUAGGAGUUCUAGGUAAUAAUAGACAAAGUUUAUAAACACUUGAAGCACUAUGAUAGCUUGUUAUAUCAUUUCUAAUCAAGCUGUCAAACGGUUAAGACGAUCUGAAAGCAAAAGAUGAACUUGAAAAUAUUUGUUGUAUUAUUCUUUUUCUGCAUUAUAACCAGUGCAAUGGCUCACGGACCUCCUCCGGAUCGUGACAAUGAAGACAUUGUUAUGGGCCGCAAGGUAAAAAAAAUGGGAGCGAAAUGGUGCAGCAUGGCUAAAGUUUGCAACCAUGAUCGCGUGCCCGUCUGCGGAGUUAGCCACGCGGGCGACAUCAUGGGCUUCCGGGACCUUUGCGAUAUGUUUGACUUUAACUGCAUUAGGCGACGAAAUUACAAACAGACGGCUUGUCCCGAAGAUAAAUCAAUACUGAGUGUCUCUCGUCGGCCUACCAACAGUUACUAUGAUGACUAAAAUAAAUAUUAUAUAUUUUCAAAUAAUACAAGCGAUUUCCUAUUUAAUGUAUGGAAAUAGUACUUUUAUAUUAUUACAUUAAAAUAGUAUAGUAUAAUUUAAUAGCAAUAUUUAAACACAAUAAUUGUAUA